CUCAUUUUCCCUCGAUCCGGCGGUAGCCUGUACCUUUACCCAUUUGUUUGUGUGUUUAUGACGCUCUGUGACACUAAUGGGGGCGCCAGGCUAAGAUGGGAUGCAGGCGGCCUUGGGGCGGAGGUUCUGGAGAUGAACCGGGAACGAGGUGUGAGAGCCGAAUAUGUGCGGGACCGAGAGAAGAAAAAGAAGGUUCCUGCCGUGCCAGAAACCCUUAAGAAGAAGCGAAGGAAUUUCGCAGAGUUGAAGAUCAAGCGUCUGAGGAAGAAGUUUGCUCAGAAGAUGCUUCGAAAGGCAAGAAGGAAGCUCAUCUAUGAAAAAGCUAAGCAUUACCACAAGGAAUAUAGGCAGAUGUACAGAACUGAGAUUCGAAUGGCAAGGAUGGCAAGAAAAGCUGGCAACUUCUACGUACCUGCGGAACCCAAAUUGGCAUUUGUCAUCAGGAUCAGGGGUAUCAAUGGUGUGAGCCCAAAGGUUCGAAAGGUGUUGCAGCUUCUUCGCCUUCGCCAGAUCUUCAAUGGCACCUUUGUUAAGCUCAACAAGGCUUCAGUUAACAUGCUAAGGAUUGUGGAACCUUAUAUAGCAUGGGGGUACCCAAAUCUGAAGUCGGUGAAUGAAUUGAUCUACAAGCGUGGUUAUGGCAAAAUCAACAAGAAGCGAAUUGCCCUGACAGAUAACACAUUGAUUGCCCGAUCUCUUGGUAAAUAUGGCAUCAUCUGCAUGGAGGAUCUGAUUCACGAGAUCUAUACUGUUGGAAAACGUUUCAAAGAAGCAAACAACUUUUUAUGGCCCUUCAAAUUAUCUUCUCCACGAGGGGGAAUGAAGAAAAAGACCACCCAUUUUGUAGAAGGUGGAGAUGCUGGUAACAGGGAAGACCAGAUCAAUAGGCUUAUUAGAAGGAUGAACUAAGGUAUCUGCCAUGAUUAUUUUUGUAAUCUGGCCAGUUAAUAAAUGACUACUCUCAUGGAAAUGUUCUGUUGUCUUGGUGACUUUUUGCUAACCUGACUGCUGUCCCUUAACUAUUAAAGCAAAUCUUGGUGUGUGAUAAAAGUCAUCAGCCUUGGCGUGCAAAACUAGGGUCUAGUUUGUAUCUUGGUGGAAAACAUUCCUUGGGUUUAUUAAAGACUCUUCUGUACAAAGAAUAUAUCUUAAUUUUUCACUUUUGAAUUGUGCCACUGAGUUAGCCAAGAUAUGGGUCUGUUCUAAGAAAACCUAUUUCAUAGGCCUUUGCAUGAUUUACAAAUAAAAAUACUGUUGCUGAAA